AUGGUCGCUACCCGCUCGAGUCUGUGCCUCGUGGCGCAUCCAUCAAUAGUGUCGGUGGCUGAACGGGGAAUGAGGAAGAUGAUGCACGAACUCGACUUCAUCAAUAACCUGUCACCUGCGCCUGAUGCAGCUGUUACCGCCUAUGUGGAUAUGUCUGUUGAUGAUCUAUUGGAGCAGGCUGUCAUGGUGAUCAGGGCUGCCACACGCCUAAGCAACAAGGAGCUGGCCGAAGCACUAGCGGUUAUAGCACAGGAGACGGAGGAGGUUGAGAUGGAGGUUCCUUGA